GAUGGAAUCUGGAGGCCCAACUGUUGGAAGCGCGCGGGCCAGAUCUAACGUGAACCACCGCUCCAUAUGAAACACGUCAGGAUUGGGAGCAAGGCAUUUCCAGGCAAAGCGACCUCUCCCUGACUGACCCACCAGGGCUCACCUGCCCUGGGACUCCAGUGUGUUUUGGACUGUCAAGCGUGUUCUGUAGCCCAAGGGUUGAAUCCCUCAAGGGCCGCCACUGUCGUGUAACUGAACUGGAGGUCCACUUCGCUGAGAUGAGAUGAGACACAAGAAACACCUCCUUGGCUGAAGUCAAGCGAGUCCAAUGGAACCAAUGCAGCCAUCUCAAAACAAGCAAACUGAGCUUCACAACAUGAUGUCACCUGUCUAUGCUGGCUCAGAAACACCUCGAGAUCCCUCAACAAUAGUCAGCUAAAGCAGCCAAGGAAGGAACCACCGAGGAGUCGCCUUUGACCUGUUGACCCUGUCUCUCACCACAUUGAUGUAAACAUAAAUGAAACUACAACAAUAGCAAGGAUCUCAUAAAGCAGCAACACGAGGCAGUUGAAUCAAUGGUACUCGAACACCAAAACGAGAGCAGAUGUUUGUUUGGAAUCUUUUCUUUCUCGCGGAGCCGCUUCCUGUCAGCUGAUGCGCUGCGCCUUUAAAUUUUGCGACAUGUCGUAAAGCGUAUCUGACGGUAGCGUUACCCGCGAUUUCACCAUGUUGCGCGCCUGCCGGUGUCAUGUGGAAUUUAAUUCAAAUUGAAUCGUGGUUCUUCGUUGUAGGGGGGAGGAUGUAAGAACCCAGGCAGCAGCAGAAACGCUGGCUAAACGCGCGCGUCCGACAUGUUUGUGUUGGUGGAGAUGGUGGACACGGUGCGGAUCCCUCCGUGGAACUUCCAGAGGAAACUCAAUGACGCUGUGGCCGAGGAGCUCAACAAGAAGCUCGCCAACAAGGUGGUCUACAACGUCGGACUCUGCGUUUGUUUGUAUGACAUCACCAAGCUGGAUGACUCUUACAUCUUCCCGGGAGAUGGCGCCUCACACACCAAAGUUCAUUUCAGAUACGUUGUUUUCCACCCCUUUCUGGACGAGAUCCUGGUGGGGAAGAUCAAGUACUGCGGCCAGGAGGGAGUUCACGUCACCAUGGGCUUCUUCGAUGACAUCCUCAUCCCGCCAGAGUCUCUUCAGCAGCCUGCUAAAUUCGACGAAGCCGAGCAGGUUUGGCUUUGGGAAUACGAGACCGACGAGGGCGCUCACGACCUCUACAUGGACCAGGGGGAGGACAUCCGCUUCCGAGUGACGGAUGAAGUCUUCGUGGACACGUCGCCGACGGGGCCGGCCACCGACACCGCCGCACCAGCCGAGGCAGGACAGCCUGCUUCUGCCCCUAAAGAGGAGGAGGAGGAGAAGAAGGAGGCGCCUUACACUCUGAUCGGCACAAUAUGUGAGCCAGGACUGGGGUUGCUGUCCUGGUGGAACAGCUGACUCCAGAGCAGUGAAGAAGACCUCAACACGGAGUCAAGCCUGACACUGAUGGACAGAGAGUUCCACCUUCCGGUGGUACCAGGGACUGGCUGUCAGCUGCAGAUGAUUCAGUGGCACUGGAGGCGCGUGUUAUCACGUGUCUGAAGCAAGGACCUUGGACGUUUUCUCAAGACUCUGGUUACGUUUUCAUCAUUUUGGGUUCAGUGUGAUUAAAAUAAAGU